AAAAAGCCAGUGAACCCAGUCCACUUUGACCGAGAUAUAGCUGGAGGUGUGAUUUUUGACCGGGUCAGCCGGCUAACAGCCUGCAUCAGCCGGGGGAGGACCAGCGCGAUCUGGCUGCAGCGAGCAGCACUUGGCUUCCAGUGAUAUGUGCACUUGACUUUAGACAGACUUGAUCCAGCAGCAGCAGCAAACAUGUCUCGUAUCGUCGCCCGUCUCUUCGUAGUUGUUUCUCAGCACGCGACAGCCAGAUCCGUGGUGUUACCGAGGAGGAUCCCAGUAUUCAUCCGCCCUGUAUCCACAUCUCAAGGCGUGCAGUCUCUCACCCGUUAUGAUGAGACUACAGACUGGCAAAAGAAACUGACCCCAGAACAGUAUGUAGUCACCAGAGAGAGAGGGACUGAGGUGCCCUUUAGUGGGAUCUACCUCAACCAUUCAGAAGUGGGGAUGUACCACUGUGUCUGCUGUGAUGCUCCACUUUUCAGUUCAGAGGCUAAGUAUGACUCAGGGACAGGCUGGCCAGCAUUCAAAGAGGCUCAUGGGACAUGGGAGCGGGAUGAAAGCCAUGCCUCCAUCAUUCGUCGCCCAGACAACAGCCUGGGCAGUGCAGGGACAGAGGUCCUUUGUAAAAAUUGUGAUGCCCACCUGGGUCAUGUGUUUGAUGACGGACCGGACCCAACAGGUCAGCGGUUCUGUGUCAACAGUGUGGCCCUCACGUUUAAACUCAGAGGAAACAACAAACCUGACAAGCCUGAGGAAAACUGAUGCAAUACAUGGGCUUGCCUAAACCACUGAAAACACACUUACUGUAUGUUUCAUUGCAGGCCAGUCCUUUGGAAGCAAAAUGAAGGUCCAGAGUCAGAGCAUUCAUUCUAGGGUUUUGACCUAUACAGGUCUGGAAGUGAGAGGCUUUGUGUGGCACAUAGUGUUUUAAUGUUUGAAUUUAGGUGGAAAUGAACUUUCUGUGGUUUUUAUUAAACUUAAAGAAACUGAAUCGAGCUCAGUCUCUUGAUCAGAAACUUUGGAUAAAAGCACUGGAGAGAAGUCUAUAAAUCUGCCAAACAUGCAUUACAUGAGCACACAAACCCAAACUCAAACUGUUGGUACAGCUCCUUCAGUCACCUCAGUCACUUAAUGAAAAACACACUUCCCAACCCAGUUUGAGUGUUUUCUAAUUUUUGUUGAGGAAUUUGUUGAAAUUUUGUCUUAAUGAAUGUUAACUGAUUGAUGUUUGUCCCUAAGUGUAGUUUGGAUGAGUAACUUGACAUAGUGGCUAACCCAUUGAUGUUUGAUUAUGUUAUCAUGUCUGAAAAAUGUCAAAAUAUUCUGUCUGGAUUAAGAAGACCUCUUUUUCUGUAGAGAUUGCAAAACACAGGAAGUUAUGACAUUGCUGAUUCAUGUGUUUUUCAGUCUGGUGCCAUGAGAUCAAAUUGACUUGUCUGUUAGGAAUCAUGCAAACUUGACUGAUAAUUUGUCAAUAAAUUCACAUUUUGUUUGA